GUAUUUGUACUCGUACUGUAUUUCAUCAUCACAAAAUCCGGGUAACCACCUCGACCAGCAUGUGUAACCCAGCCCACAGCACCAAACACGACCAUCCGCCUGCAAACUUUAGACAGCAUGUCCUCCUCCCGGCCAAAGCUCAAGCGCCCAUCUGUUAUCGACGCCGCCGUACGCUCGGGUGCCGGUCUCCCGGACAGCAAACGCCCUAAAUUCGACGUCCGAAACCCGAACGAACUCGCCCCCGACGCCCCAGACGAGGAAGACGUCUUUCUAGAAAUCGACGAGGGCGCCAUCGGCAAGCGCAAAUCGAAUCGCAACAGGGUUGACAUUGAAGGCUACGAGAGCGAUUCAUCAGAAGACGGCUUUGAUGCCACGCACAAGACCUGGCGGAAAGAGGAGGAGCAAACGGGCAAUGCGGAAGACAAAGGGGACGAAGGGGAUGACAUGUUUGCGGAUUUUGAGAGCGGUGGGGGGGGCCACAAUAACAAGAAGGAUGAUCCGGGGAAAAGCCGCAAGAAGGAUGUUAAGUUCAUGGAUCUGGAGCAGAUUGAGGGGCAGGAUUUCGCGAGCAAGCGGGAGUUUGUCGACAUUAUCGAUGAGGAUAAAGGCCGGGGUGAGGGCGAGGAUGACAGUGAGGAACAGGAUGAGCAAGAGAUCGACCCGGAAGUUGGGGCUGGCGGGAGGAAAAAGGGCGCUCCCAAAAUUGAUGCUUUCAACAUGCGGAAUGAAAUGGAUGAAGGGCGAUUCGACGAAGCGGGGAACUUUAUUCGGAAGGCUGCAGAGAAGGAUGCGGUGCAUGACAGCUGGCUAGAAGGCGUAAGCCGGAAGGAUAUGCGGAGGGCGAAGGAAGCAAUGGAGAAGCGGGAGGCCGAGAAACGGGAGAAGAGGAAGGAGGACGAUGCACUGGCUACAAGCCAGGUCCUCGCAGACCUAAUCCCCUGCUUGGAAAAAGGGGAGACAAUCCUAGAAGCGCUUGCACGACUCGGCGCAGCGGACAAAAGGAGAAAGAGGCAAAACAAUAAGAACUCAUGGCGCCAAAAAAAGAAGGCGGCCGCAAACCCAGACGAAAUGGAGUUUGACAAAGGAAAAGAUGCCAUUGACCCAAUCGAAGCCCGCCGGAAAGAAAGCGUCGAGCGGAUCACCGGUGCAGCCGAUCGCCUGUUAACACGCGGACAACCAGAGAUAUACGAUGAGUCCCGUGAGUCACUCAUCAGACAAUACCGCCGCGAAACAGGUGAUGAUUGGGCCGUGUCGAAAACACUGGUUACAGAGGACACUGCACGGAAGCAAUGGGAGUUUAGAUGGACGGAUGGACGGGACGGAGGAAACCCGCAUGGGCCCUAUCCUAAGUCCGCAAUGGCGAACUGGAAUCAACAUGGCUUCUUUGAUCAAGGGGUGGAGUUUAGGGAGGUUGGCGGGAAUUGGACACUUGUUGCUGACUUUGAUUAACAAGAUCCGCAUCUAUUUGUAGGAUAGUAUCGGGGGUUUCCGGUAUCAUAAUUCAUUGUAUUGGCACAUCCUCUUG